CCAUAACCAUCACACUCAAGAUUUUCCCACAAUGCAACAGCUUCUACUACUACUACUAAUUUUACUACCUUCUUUUCAUUUCUGCAACCUCCAUUUUUGCCACCACAAAUGGCCACCAAACUUGGCUUUAGCAUAACAAGUUCUCGACUAUUUCAUGCACCUUUUAAAAGACCAGUUUUUUCUGCUUCUUUACCUGCUGCUUCUUCAUCUUCAUCGUCAUCUUCUUUACCAAGGCUGCCAUUGAUUCCUUUUGGUGCUAGCAGAAAGCUGUCUAUUCGAAAAAAGUUGUUGAUUCUUUCACCUAAGGCUACUGCUGACCAGUCAGGUCAGGUCCAAGGGGAUGAAGCCGAGGACAGUAAAAUCUUGCAGUAUUGUAGUCUUGACGGGAAAGGAAAGAAAUCUAUGGGGGAAAUGGAACAAGAGUUCCUUCAAGCACUACAAUCAUUCUAUUAUGAAGGAAAGGCCAUAAUGUCGAAUGAGGAAUUUGAUAACCUCAAGGAAGAACUAAUGUGGGAAGGAAGCAGCGUUGUCAUGCUAAGUGCCGAUGAACAGAGAUUUUUGGAAGCUUCUAUGGCUUAUGUAUCUGGGAAUCCCAUUUUGACAGAUAAAGAGUUUGACAAGCUGAAGUUGAAACUUAAGAUGGAUGGCAGUGAUAUUGUGGUUGAGGGUCCACGGUGCAGUCUCCGUAGUAGAAAGGUUUACAGUGACCUUUAUGUUGAUUAUCUGAAGAUGUUCUUGCUAAAUGUUCCUGCAGCUGUUGUUGCGCUUGGAUUGUUUUUCUUCCUCGAUGAUUUGACUGGAUUUGAGAUCACUUAUCUUUUGGAGCUUCCAGAGCCAUUCAGCUUCAUUUUUGUGUGGUUUGCCGCUCUGCCCUUCAUAUUGUGGCUAUCCUUUACAAUUACAAAUGUUAUCAUUAAAGAUUUUCUGAUCUUAAAGGGGCCCUGUCCGAAUUGUGGAGAAGAAAAUACUUCCUUCUUCGGUACCAUAUUAUCCAUCUCUAGUGGAGGUAACACCAACAAAGUGAAAUGCUCAAAUUGUGGUACGGAGAUGGUCUAUGAUCAAGGAACACGCUUAAUCACAUUGCCGGAAGGAAGCAGCGCAUGAUUCUAGGGUGAUUAUAUGUGUGAGACAUCUGCAAAGAGACUGCACUAACACCAGUUUGCAUGGGAGAGGGAUCAUAUCAAUGUACAUCAUCAUGAGGGCAACUUGUAAAAUAAAAAAACCAUUUCUUAUGUUAAAAUGGUGGAUGCUUUGCAACUUGCAGUAUGUCAACAUGUAGUUAAGUAAUUUAUGUAUAUACCACAGGCCUAAAAGUUUAACAAAUUUUAAGUACAGGAGAUCAUGCAUAUUUUGAUUCAAAUUAUCAAAUUUCCUGAAUAGAAUUGAGUCCUUUCUUCAGCU